ACGCAGAGGACACAAACGUGACGAGGCAGCGGAGGAGCUGUUACGCAACCAUUGACCUACUAACACAUAUUUCUGGAGAGGCUGCCGCACAAAGUGGAGCAAAGUGUCCGGCGGAGCACAACACUAGGGCGGCCCUAACUCGGAGACACGCACCACCGACCGAACGGAGCGCAAAGAAGGAGCAACUUUUUUUUUCUGUCUGUUGGAGGUUUUUUUAUCUGACAAGAAGGCGGAAACGGCACGAGAGACGCUUUUGUGUCGGGGAAGCCUUUACGUUGUUUUCCCCUCCUCCACUAAGAUCAGCUGUACAAAGGCAUAGACCACUUGACCUACAUCUUCUGCAAGACAGUGUGGCCUGACAAGUUUCAAAGCUGCUCAGACCAUUUGGGCUGACAUCAAUAAACUCCAGUUGACCUCCUGAAGGACCCCAGAGACUUGUGUGCACCAAAACAACGAAGGAACUUCAAAUGCAAAAUUGUUCCCUUUUCAAGGAUUUUUGUGCGGAAGUCUAGUUCAAUAUCUAAGAUGUUCACAGAGUUCCAUCUCUUUUUAAUCUUCUUGGCUAAUUUGGAUACUUGAUCAUUCCAAUCUACAAAACAAUCGGCAACAAAAACCAAUGAGGCUCUUUCUUACAAGUGCACAAAUACCUCAUUCAGAAGUUUUUGCUGGUCCCACGACAUAGUUGAAACUCUUUAAAACAGUACAUUUGUGCUAUUGCUGCACGUUUUUCCCUUUUCGCAUCUUGCUGGAGUUUCACUCUAGCCAUACUUGGGCAAAAAUGGAAAGCCUGAGUCUCCACCUCCCAUCACCCAGCAACAAAAAUGCCAUGGAGGUAGACACUUUUACUACCUACAGCAGCGGCCUCCCAUCUCCAGCCCCCGAGGACGGGGCACGGGUCGGCCGCCAGAGUAAGGGUUCCAAAUCCACUGUGGCAUCUCGUCGCAAGCGAGAGUUCAUCUCUGAUGAGAAAAAGGAUGAUUCCUACUGGGAAAAACGGAGGAAGAACAAUGAAGCAGCAAAACGCUCAAGGGAGAAGCGGCGCCUGAAUGACAUGGUACUGGAGACCCGGGUCAUGGCACUGAACGAGGAGAAUGUUCGUCUAAAAACGGAACUGCUUCAGCUCAAACUGCGCUUUGGCCUUAUCAGUACAGCGUCCUACAUGGAGAAAAGCCAGCAGAUCUCUAGCAGCGCUGCCGGUGUUAACUCGAGUAGCAAUUUGAGCAGCAUUAAUGGCACUCCCAAUAGUAAUGCCUACCUCUCAAGUAGCGGCUACUCCAGUGCCUCCCAGGUCAUGCUAAACUCUGACUCUUCCGAAACUGAACAGUCCAGCCACUGUGAGCGUCACGCCAUGCUCCACAAGUACUCUCCCAGGGGAUCCGUGUCGGACCUGUCUGACGGUUCCUCCAGCCCUGAGCCUAUGGGCUACAGCAUAAAGACGGAGCCUUCCAGUAUAGAGAUGGCCGGACUGGAGAACAAUGGGAUGGGAUUGUCAAGUCAUAUCUACCAUGGCAGCCAGCCCGCUUUGUUGUCUCCUCACCAGCAGGAUGUGCCACUGGCCGAAGAUACCACAGACUACGAGCAGCCCUACAUGGAAGCCUCCAGCACCACUCCUCAAGCCACUUCUUCACAAAGGAGCGUCAUCUUGUAUCGGUCCAGCAGUGGCUGUUACCCCAUGGACAGCCAGAGGCCACACGAGCAGCAGAGCAGGCUGCAACAGCAUAGCCAGCACUCCUUGACUUCCAAGUUCUCUGGCUGCUCGAUGACUAUCACAGAGGUCGCAGAGAAGCUACAGAGAACAAAGACGGGGGACUGUGAGCAGUAUGAAUAUCCCAACAGUCAGGCAGAGUCAGUCGAGGAGUUGCAAGAACGAUACAAUGGCCAUCAGCAGCAUGAAAGCCAUCACGGACAUUACAGCUACCAGGCUCAGGACAGUUGCCUCGAGCAAGCUGACAGCCAGAACCCCUUUGCCCCGAAUCUGAUCCACAGCACUGAGGAGGGCAUGUCAGUGUUCACACAGCACAAUCGCUACCUCGACACACUGGAUGACGAGCCUCCUGUUCUUACUUAUGAAGGAGGCCCCAGAGCUGAUGGCUUCUACCAAGAUAAUUCCUCCGCUAAAGAUACGUCGUCCAGCGAUGGGGACCCACGCAGCUCUGACAAGGAGGGCUCUACUGACGACGAGUCCCCCUCAUCAUCGUCCUCUGACAUCAGCAGCUACCACCAGAAAGGGUCCGAAGCUGUGGGGCCACACGGUGAAUGUCCGGCUGAGGUCAAAGGGACCGCACUGCCCCACAAGCUGCGUCUUAAGAACCGAGCUCUCUCCUCGACUAAAGCACAGAUGGACAGUGGCACGAGUGCCUCCAUGUCUCCGUCCCCCACACUGCCACAGCACCCUUACCUGGCUCUGCCGAACAAUGGCCAUGCCAGCAGAGAGGCGGACAAUGAGGCAGAAUACACAGAGGAGGAGGUCAGGGCGGAGUCAAAGAUGGCAUCAAUCAGCUGGAGAAGAGGUGGAAGUAAUGAGAGACAUGUUUAAAAACCGGUGGGAAAUGUGUCAGUGUUUAGUCACUGCAACAAAUGGACAACUCAUCACUUUCACUGUGUCACUAAUUUCCCUUUAGUCUCUCCUACCUCCUACAUAGCUCUCCAGUUUCAAUCACACAUUGAAAUACUCACAUUUCUGGGAUACUUGUUUUUAUAUUCUAUACAUGUUCCAAUAAUGCCACACUAAUAUUCUGUUAGUGUGGCAUUGUAAGAACUUUCCUUUGACCAAAGAAUAUUCAUUUUGGUACAGUAUCAUUGUUCCACCCCUUCAAGCACUUAGAUUGUAUAUUCUUGUAACAUACAUUUUUUUCAUAUGACAUUUAUAUUUUAAAAAGAAAAUGCGGCAAAAAAAAAAAAAAAUGGCUAUUGGGAUGCAGAAGACUUUGAAGCGCCCAGUUUGUUGUUGAGAGAAGUCGUAAAUGCCUCAAAAAUAUUGAGACAAAUAAGAACAAAAACCCCACAGACCGUUGACUCUUUAGCAUUAUGUGUCAACUUGGGUGAACACUAAGAACAUCCAGAACAGUCCAGUUGUCAUAUCAGUCAAGACUAUGCAGUCUUACAACGCUGACAAAGCACAAGGUGAUCCCCUUUGCCACAUUUGACGGAAUUGACACACCUCGGCAUCCAAGGGGUCUAAUAAAAAGAUCUCCCAUCGCAAAGCUGCUCUCUCUCUUCUCAUAAGGUGCCUCUUUAAUGUGUCGUCUCUUUUGUCCCCACAUUGGCCAACGUCUUAUCGAGCCCACUCACCUGUGCACUGAGCUUUAGCAGCCUGCAUUAUACAGUCUGUAGAAGUCUGACAGUUUCACUUCCUGGUGCCUGCCUCUGGCCACUAUGUAUAAAUGUAAAGUUGUCUUAUCACUUGUAUACUGCUGUCAUUAUUUUGUUAUUUUCUAUUAUAUGGCCUAUUAUUUUGUCUAUUAUUAUAUGUAAUUUUAUUGUCGUCCUGUUAUUUGGAUCUAUGCUCUUCCUGGUUGUGCUGUGUUUGUUUGCCCAUGCUAUCCCAUGCAACGAUUUGUACUGUGUUGCUGUAUUACCUAUAUUGUUGGCCCAAACCUUUUGCGAAAAUGAGACAAAAAAAGAUACACUUGCCCACAUGUGAUCAUGUAUGGCGAUACUUUACAUGGACUUGCGCAAUGGUUGGAAAAAACGUAUUUUUCUUUGUGAAGGUUGAAAAUGGGGACGAAUAAAACUUUGAAAUGUG